CUCAUGGGGAAUCGUUUAACUACUACAGAUCGCAGUCUGAAUUAUUGGCUAUUUAAUUAUCGAAUAUGGCUUAUUGGAAUUGGAGCCGGCAUUGGUAUUGGAUUUUAUUAUAUUUGGCGAAGAGAUGUCUCCCGAUCUGUAUCGAACAAAAGAAGAACAUUGCCUAUUAAGAAGGCUGCUUGCGAUGAAUUUGUAAAUUUAUGUGAGAUUCCUAACGACAAGGAGUCAACCUCAACAGAAUUCGCUUCUUUAGCUCUUUACAACCAUGGAUUAAAGGCUACUGAAAACGGAGAUUUAAAAUAUAGAAAAUCAAGAGAUAUCGCCCGAUCUGUAUGGAACAACAGAAGAGCAUAUCCUAUUGAAAAAACUGGCACACUUUCUGUGCUUUCUGAUGAUUCUUUUAUUACAGCUUGCGAUGAAUUUGUAAAUUUAUGUGAGAUGCCUUCUAGCGACAGGGAGUCUAUCUCAACUGAUUUUGCAUCAUUAGCUCUCUACAACGAUGGAUUAAGAGCUACCCAGAAUGGAGAUGAUUUUGCCGCAAAAUUGUUCGGUAUAAGAUUGGCUUUUCGACGUUUGAUGGAUGAUCCACAGACUAUGCAAAGGCUGGUUCAAUAUGGAAGGAUUAUUAUGGCUGAUCUUUUGAGACAUGAUAAGCGUGAUCCAUCCGAAUUCUACACAGCAUAUGAUCGAAUGAUUGCUUUCAUUACUAAUGAAAAUAAUAUGGAUACAAUUCGCAGCGAGCUUAAGUCAAGAAAAGUAGAGAGCACAAAUUUAUGGGAUACUCUUUUCGACUUAAUUAUUCUGGACGCAUUUGAAGAUUUACAACGUCCGCCCUCAGCAAUCGCUGCAUUGGUCAAAAAUUCAUUCAUUUCCAAAUCGAUGAAGGAAUCAACAUUAAACAAUUUAAUAUGGUCUAUUAUAAAAGUCAAAAGACAACGUUUACAAGUCAAGGAUGGCUUUAUAUCACAUUUUUAUGAUAUUUCACAAAUAUUGACUAGUUCAUUAGCAAUGGGUUUGUUUGGUGGUAGUGAUAGGGAAUUUACUGAACUCUGUAUUUACUUAAAGGAGCAGAUUUUUGGUUUCAUCCUAGAAAUAUUUAAUCCAAAUAAAGUCCAUUUUACAAAAGUUGAAGAUUUGGCUGUUGAUAUAAAGAAACUGUUGUUUGAUCGGAUGGAGCUGUUGCAAAAAUUAAUGGAGAAUCUGUUAACUUCUGCUGAGUUUGCUUUUACAAAAACGAAGCUUUCUGUCCAAGAUCAAAAAAGCUCAUAUCCUAAACGGAAUCUCUUCAAAGGUCGCGAUUAUGGGAGGCUUCUUAAAAAAGUUGAAUCUAGGGAAGAAAUGCUGACUCAACUGCGAAAUAAAGAUGCAAGUAAGGCUGAAGAUGUUGCAACAAAGAUUGCAUGGGAAAAAGCUUUCCAGAUGGCUUCUGGUUUAAAAGUGAAGGACAAUCCUCAACUCUUGAUGAAGGGUCUUAAGAGAAAGACGACAGAAAAGGUAAAAAGGAAAAAUAAAUGGAUAAGUCGUAAGCAAGCUCUGGAUGAGAAAAUGGAGAGGAAAAGGCAAAUAAAGCAGAAUAAUCUUAUGAACAGAGCAUCGACUUCAAAACGAAAGAAGAUACCUAGGAAGAAACGUCAGGUUGUAACGACUAAAUAA